AUGUUUGAGGAAGAUGAGAAGGAACAAUUAUUGUACUAUGAGAGGAAUAAAGAAAGUGAAAAAUGUCAGAAGGUUUGGGAAAGUAUAAUUUGUAAAGGCUUAGGUUAUAGUAAAGAAGAAAUACGAAGAGAUGUGGAGAGAUCAAGAAGAGAAAAGGAAAGACUUUUAUCAAUAUUAUAUGGUAGCGUAUUUACAGGUCCUAAAUAUUUGUUAUAUUCCAAGAAAUGGAGAGGUAAAACGUUGAACGAAAUAAUUAAUGAAGAUAGAGAAAAGAACUUAAAUAAAAACAAUUUUAGAAAUAUGGAUCUUGAUAGUACAUAUUUUUGUGAAUUAUCUUUUGGAUACAUGGACACAGCAGAAGAAAAUGAUGAUAAAAAUAAGAAAGAAAUAACAAAGCAGAUGGAAAAGAAAAAUAAUAAAGUUCAUAAUAUUAGAAAAGGAGGAAAUACAAAUAAUUCACAAAAUAAAAGAAAAACAUAUCACGGAGAAAAAAAUGCUCAUACAACAAAUAAAGAUUUAGAUGAAUUUUAUAGUAAAUUAAAUUAUUUAGAAAAGAGAAGUUAUAAGAAUAGAUAUAGAAAUGACAAUAAUAAUAAUAAUAAUAAUAAGAGGAAGAAUAACAAUAACAAUAACAAUAAUAGUAAUAAUAAUUAUUAUUAUUAUUCGAAUGGUCGUUCAAGUUAUACAAAUGAAUUAUCGAAUGAAAAAAAUAAAUAUAAUGAAGAAAAUUCAGAUGAUGGGAAUGUUAUAAAAUAUAAAUAUCUGCCAACAGGUGUAUUUUAUAGUAGGGUGUCAAAAUCUUUUAUAGCUAAUUGGAUUGAUGAUAAAACAAAAAAACAAGUAAAAAUUCCAUAUAAAAUAUCAGAAUAUGGUAUUGAGAAAUGUAUGAUUUUAGCUAUACUCUCAAGAAAUCUAAGACUAAGUAAUUUAUUAAAUGUAUUGAAAUAUUAUGAUCAAUUAACAGAUAGCCAAAAAGAACAAAUGUUACAUGCAAUUAGAACAACACAGAAAAGUGAAAAAUUAUUUGAGGAUAUUAUAAAUAGGAAUGGUAAUAAGAAAAAUGAAAAUAAUAUAAUAAAUAAUGAUAGUAAUAUUCAUAAUGACACUUCUAUAAAUAAUAAUAAUAAUAUAGGAAAUACAACCGGAACACAACAGAAAAAUAAAAAUAAACAAAAUACAAAUGAUCAGAAAAAUAUACCCUUGAAAAAAAAACUUAUUGAGAAAAAAAAAGUUAAACAAUCAUAUAUUAAUGAAGAAAAAUUACCAACAGGUGUAUAUUUUUAUCAAGGUUCUUAUGUUGCUAAUUGGUGGGAAACAAAUCAAAAAAAACAAUUUAAAGUACCUUUCAAAAUAUCCGAAUAUGGAAUAGCCAGGGCAAAAAAUUUAGCCAUAAUUUCAAGAUUAAUUAGAUCAUCUUCUAUUCCAGAUAUUAAUCUAAUUUUAACACAAAUGGAGAAUCAUCAUAAUUUAAGCGACAUGGAUUAUACUGCCAUUUCCGAGUUGGCAUAUAAAUAUAUAGAAAAUAUGGCAAAGAAGGAAUAA